UCCCAAUAGGAGCCAAGCACCUUGCAUAAUUGGCUGGAUGGACUGGGAACAAGCUGAAUUGCAACAAGAUCGAAGGAAGUGCGCAAAAGUUUAUUUUUUGGCCUUGGGUGUCAAGAGAAAUGGAACAGCUGAAUCCACGUAGUGUUCUGGUGACCGGCUCCAAUCGUGGACUUGGCUUGCAGCUGAUCCGGCAUCUGAUAGGCAAGAGCAACCCCCCAAAAUGGAUCUUUGCCACUUGCCGGGACCCGGCUGGACUCCAUACUCAGGACCUGAAGGAUUUGGCUGCUAAAAACCUGCAAAUUAUCAUCAUCACACUAGACACAACUGAUCCAUCCACCGUUAAGGCUGCUGCAGCCAAAGUUACGGAUCAUCUAAAAGGGGCUGGAUUGAACCUCCUGAUUAAUAAUGCAGGGAUUUUAAAUAGGAGCAGCUUGGAGACUGAAACACCCGAGAGCAUGGCUGAGACCUACAGGACCAAUGUGAUUGGGCCCAUGAUAGUUGUCCAGGCAUUCCUUCCUUUGCUGAGAAAAGCAGCUCAAGAAAUUCCCCUGGAAGGCAUGAGCUGCAGCAAAGCUGCCAUCAUCAACAUUUCCAGUGAAGCAGGUUCCAUCUCAGGCACCUUUGAAUGGCAGUGGGGACACAUCAUUGCUUAUCGCUGUAGUAAGUCUGCUCUGAAUAUGCUCUCCAAAUGCCAGUCCUUGCAUCUUGCCAAAGAUGAGAUCUUGUGCGUUGCGUUGCAUCCAGGAUGGAUACAGACCGACAUGGCAGGUUCAAUGGGAUCACCUCCCCUGACAACGGAGCAAAGUUUGCAGACUAUUCUCAACACCCUUGGCCGUCUCUCUGAGAAAAAUACUGGCACAUUUGUUAACUGGGAAGGGAAUCUUAUUCCCUGGUGAGACAACCAAGAUUCUGCUUCUCCCCAUUGCAGGAUGAUGUCCUCAUCGAAGGCAAUGCAACUUUCUGUCUUCUACCAGUGCUCACUAUAGAAGAUGCUCUGCUGCAUGUUCUCCAACUUUCCCUUGCUUCAGUUACUCUGUCUGGUGCCCAUCAAACCUUGUUCAGCAAGGCUCUUUCAGGCUGCAGAUCGCAGUGAUCCAUCUAAAUACUUCUAGAUAUCACUGGCAACCAUUGGUAAAGCAGUGAUUUCUUAUUGGAGAAUUUUCUUUUGAGAUCUCUGGUAUCUCUCUAAACCACGACAAUUAAGCCUCUGAGAAUCAGUUCCUGUUCUGCAACUCCAUUUGUUUGGAAAUGGAUCUUCACUUAGGCUGUGAAUUCUCUUGCCAAAAUGCCACCUGGAGCUUCCAAUAUGUUUGUACAGGAUUUUUUUUUUUAAAGAUUCUAUUGCAUGAAAUAAAUGAAAAUUGAGGACAAAUCUCUCUUUUGUUAAUGAUGCUAUAAAUUGUCAAGUCACUAAGACAUGCGGUGGCCUUAAAAUUUGAGAUUCUCGGCAAGAGAUUUGUUGGGGUCCCCAUGAAAGACUGA